GGCAUGGAUUUCUAACAAGACUUCAGUAUUUUUUAUGAGAUCCAAAAUUAAAAUAUGUAAUCCUAAAUUCGCUCCUCCUAUUAAACCGCAUAGAGAAGCUGAAAUUAUACAUUUUGAAGAUACCUUAGAGGAACCCAUAUUUUCAGAAUAUCUUAAUAAGACUCACAGCCUAAAACCUCAAACACAUGAUUAUAUACCAGAUCAAUUUAAAAAUUUAAUCAAUAGGCAUAGUCUUAAUGAAUUAUACCAUGAAAUUAGGAGUUUUAAUAUAAAAAAUAUGAAAGGAGAUGCCAAACGUAAAGCUACUCAGAAUAUGCUUAUUAAACUUGGUGCCAAAGCUCCAAAAAAUGAAUAUAUAAAUUACAAAGAAUUGAAAUGUAAAAAGCUACAAUUAGUGGAAGAUAACAAAAACACUGAAUUUUUAGAUAGUUUUAUUAAAAUCACAUUAAAUAAAAAGAAAAACAAGAGGAUUAACAAGAAAAUUGUGUCUAAGAACAAAGAUGAUGGCCAAAUUGGUAAAUAUUCAAAUGGUAUACAAAGACUAUCUAAAGAUGAUCUUAAAUCCAUAUUUAAAUCAUAAAUAUAUGAUUGGCAAUUAUAAUUUUUAUUUACUACAUAUUCUUUAUUGGAUUUUUGUAUUAAUAUAAAAUCUGUUUUUGUAAUUAAUCUUAGGUUGAUUAAGAAAUUAUUUUUUGUUCCAUGAAAAAUUUCAUUUGAUUAAAUUAUGCAUUUUUGUAAAACUUUUUUGAUACCCCCCCCCCCCUUAAAUUUUUUAUUUUUAUAAAAUCAUCUCAAAAAUUUAUAUUGUAUUUCAAAAAUGCGUGAAAAAAUCUUUGAAUAAACAAUUCCAUCGGCAUUUUA